CAGAUCACAGAGUAACCUCUAUGAUAUGUGAGCAGAAGUCAAUAGUUUGUUUACAAACUGUAUAGCAAAUGUUUCCAUCUAUAACAUGAAAAACGCCGUAUAGAAUGAAUAACAUUUUAAGAUUAACAAAAUUUAGUAAAAUAUACAGCAGGACGGUGGCUGCUACCAUUCGAAAUGCGUCUUCCAGUGGAUUGGGCAUUAACUUAGCCUCUCAAAACACGUCCACUUUAGUUCCAAUUCCACAGUGCCAGGGCUGGAACAAACACCGUGACAAAUGGAAUUACCUGCCAGCUGGUGUUAUUUUCCUUCCUGCAUUAGCUACAGUUUAUUGUGAUUCGUAUGAUUUACGUGGCAAGCAGGAGAAAAGGCUCUUCAAAGCUAUACAAUAUGGGCUCACUCAUGAGGUCAGCAACUUGAUAAAGAACGGUGUGGAUGUAAACGCACGACACCCACUAGGUUGGACUCCGCUGAUGGUUGCCACGAUUAACAGGCAUUAUGAUAUAGUGAAAUUACUAGUAAAGAAUGGGGCCAAUCCUAACAUGGGCGAUAACUACAUCAACCCUCAUAGAACAUCUCAGGAGAAGCGACUGCAUGCCAUUGAAGUUCUCAUGAUACGAGAUGAAGAGUUUUCGGGCGAACUGAAUAACAAGGCUACCUACAUCGGUUUUACAGCUUUACAUUAUGCUGUGCUUAUUGACAAUUUGGGUAUUGCCCAGCUUUUGAUUGAGAACGGCGCUAAUCCGUGUUUGGAAACCGAAGCCGGACAAAAGCCGCUGGUUUAUGCUAAAGACGGCCCCAUGAAGGAGUUUUUAAGCCAACAAACUGAAAAGUAUGCAGAAAUUGAACGAGAAAAAGAAUUGGAGCAGCGCAGAAAAUUUCCGUUAGAAGAUCGUUUGAAGAAGCACAUUGUUGGUCAGGAAGCGGCGAUUGCUACGGUAGCUGCAACUGUAAGAAGAAAGGAAAAUGGGUGGACCGAUGGGGAUCAUCCCGUAGUGUUUCUCUUCCUAGGCUCGUCUGGAAUCGGGAAAACUGAAUUGGCUAAACAACUCGCCUACUAUAUCCACAAAGAUAAAACCGAAUCGUUUAUUCGCUUGGAUAUGUCGGAAUUUCAAGAGAAACACGAGGUGGCAAAGCUGAUUGGAGCCCCUCCAGGUUACAUCGGUCAUGACGAUGGAGGGCAAUUGACGAAAAAAUUGAAAACUUGUCCGGAUGCGGUUGUUUUGUUCGACGAAGUCGACAAAGCCCAUCCAGACGUUCUGACUGUUCUGCUUCAACUCUUCGACGAAGGACGACUGACUGAUGGACAGGGUAAAACCAUCGAAUGCAAGAAUGCCAUUUUCGUAAUGACGUCGAAUUUGGCUAGUCAGGAAAUUGCCCAUCAUGCGCUCAAUCUACGAGCUGAUGUUGAAAAAGUUAAAGAAGAACGCUUGAAGCAAAGCAGCUCAGAGGAUGCGCAUUUUUCCGAAGACAUCGUUAUUUCGCGCAAAUUCAAAGACGAGGUGGUCAAGCCGAUCUUGAAAAGGCAUUUUAAGCGCGACGAAUUCUUGGGACGUAUAAACGAAAUCGUUUAUUUCCUGCCAUUUUCGCGGCGGGAAUUAUUGCAGCUCGUCCAGCGAGAACUGGAGUGCUGGGCACAAAGGGCAAAAGAGCGGCACAAAAUCGACAUAAAAUGGGACCGAACAGUUGAAUCGGCGCUUGCUGAUGGUUACGACGUUUGUUAUGGCGCUCGUUCCAUCAAGUACGAAGUGGAACGAAGAGUUGUGAAUCAACUGGCGGCCGCUCACGAAAAGGGAGUGAUAGGAAAAGGGUCGAGUAUCAAUAUAACAGCAACGUGGCCGGAAAAGUGCGAGUAUGCAGAAAUACAGAUUCAAGUCAAGAAAAGCGGCUUUAAGGACUUCAUUGAUAUUGCCAGCAUCGAUAAGAAGCCCAUUACAAACACCUUUAACUACUGGUCAAAACCAAAAGAAGCAAAAAUUUCCUGAAUCUAAGUGCUUCAGAUACAAUGUAGAUCAUCAACAAAUUUAUGAAAAUGUAGAUAAAACGCCUGCAAUUUUCGAUCACAA